CCGGUGCCGGCGGCAAUAGCGGCGCACAGCAUGGCCGCCGUCCCGCCUGACUCCUGGCAGCCGCCCACCGUCUCCAUGGAGACCACCCCCCGAUGCUGAGCUGUGGUGCUGUGGGCAGGAUGGGCACCAUGGUGUUGGAGCUGUACUGGCGCCACGCGCCGCGCACCUGCAAGAACUUUGCUGAGCUGUGCCGCCGCGGGUAUUACAACGGAACCCGGUUCCACCGCAUCAUCCGGGACUUCAUGGUGCAGGGAGGAGACCCCACGGGAACUGGUCGUGGCGGUGCUUCUAUCUACGGCAAACACUUUGAGGACGAGCUGCACUCCGAGCUGAAGUUCACCGGUGCCGGCAUCCUGGCCAUGGCCAACGCAGGGCCAGACACCAAUGGCAGCCAAUUCUUCAUCACGCUGGCGCCGGCGCAGUGGUUGGAUGGCAAACACACCAUCUUUGGGCGCGUGUGCCAAGGCAUCGGAGUGCUGGGCAGGGUGGGCAUGGUGGAAACCAACGCACAGGACCGACCCCUGGAUGAUGUGAAAGUCCUCAAAGCUGUCCCUGCUGGGUGACACGGGGAAUAAAAAGUGUGCACGGA